UCGAAAAUACUUUUCACCCCACGCUAGUAGUUUCCCGGCAUUAAUAAAACCACAGAAAUACUAUUUUACUUUCUUUUGAUGACUUCAACUACACUUUAGUGUGGGUAACUGUGAUUCGUCACCUGCUAUUCAUAUUCGUGACGUCCCCAGCGUCUGAGCAGUUUGCCCCAGUUGCCAUUUUUGAUUUGGUCUUUAUUGAAAGUCAUGAGCCCACGAGCGGAGGCCAUUUUUCUUUUGGGCUGAUUCUUGCGUUAUCCCGGCCCUUUACCGUGUUUUGCCGCCAUCUUAAAUCCUGGCUCUGGCUUCAGGAGAACAAUGAAGCUUCCUCGAUCAUUUUGUGUUUGGGCGGUGGCUCAGUUCCCAAACGCGCGGGGAGAGCCUGGGAAAAGGGAAGCAGGCUGAAAAAUUGAAUUCCCCCCCAGCUUCUGAAGUUUGGUUUGCGUAACUUGCUUCUUUUUUUGGUGUAAGUUUCCCCAACCAGGUACUACUCCGCCUGUGGCCCUGGAUAGUAACAAAGCAAACAAAGCCCGAACCCAAACCCGCCACCAUCAUAGGUCCUAUAAUUGCUGUGGAGAAUUUGUAAGCCAUGGCAUCUAAGAAAUUUGCUGUUAAAUGUGGGACUUUUGCUGUACUGGUGGAUCUCCAUAUAUCGCCACAAGGUUCAAACAAAGAUACCAGCUGGUUUUCUGAACAGAAGAAAGAGGAAGUCUGUUUGCUGUUAAAAGAAACCAUUCUUUCAAGAGUUAAGGAGUACUUGGAAGUUCAUAAACAGCACAGGCCAUCAAAUACAGAAUUCACAAGAUCCAGUCCCUUGUCCUUAAAAGGUUAUGGCUUUCAGAUCACAGCCUAUUUCCUUAAGAGAGGGAUACACCUCCGCUGCAUUGAGAGCUCACAAAAUACUGAACUCCGUGUAUUCCCUGACAGAUUUGUGGUCUGUGUUAGUCAGCUUGAAUUUAAUCAUGAUAUUUUGGCAAAUCAGAAUGAAGAAUUGACAGAAAGAGCUCUCCACGGAGUGUCUGAUUAUUUUGCUGAGUGUGCGGAGAGUCCACUUCCUCCCAGCGCAAAGCUCAAGAGAAAUGCUCUGAAACAAAUUGCGAAAAGAACAAAAACAAAAAGUAACAUCAAGAGCAAAUCACAGACCAGCAGAGACAUUGUGGGAACAUCUAGUGACUCAGUGACUGCGGAGGUAGCAAGGAGGAGGGAUGAUGGUCAGGCCUCAUCAGAAUCCACAGGACAAGCAAAGGAUUACAUAAAGGCAGCUGAGUGCCACCAGAGGCUUCCUGUUCAAAAGCUGGAAAAUGUUAAUCAGACCCAGCCAGAAGACACUAGCAGCCAGCAUAAACCUCAUCCUGGGGAGCGGUCAAAGACAGGGCUUCUAAGCGGGAGCCCUGUCUAUAGCUGUGAGUCAGCAUCACCAGGUCCAAAGCAAAGUCCAGGAGUAGCCAAAACACAACAGAAACGCAGGAACUGCAGCUCUGCGGAAGACUUCGACCACCACAAGAGAGUUUCUCUUGGAAGUGAUCGAUUAGUCCCAGGAGAAAUAAUACUGGAGAAAAGCACAGCUGUCAAUGUUUUGCCAAUUUUAGAGUUGUCAGAUCCGGGGUUACUUUUGAAACAAGAUUUGGCAAAAACCAUGUCUAAGGAAGAAUUGCAUGUUUUGGAAAAUCUCCCCUCCAGACAUCUUAUAAAAAAUAACCCAAGGCAGGCACAGCAAACUGGCUCAGCCAAAAACACUGAAAGAUCAUCUGCAAUUCAAGGCAGCCCAACCAAGAAAAGAAAGAAAUUGCAAAGGAUUGCAAAGUCAUAGUUGAGGAUAAUAGUAGCCAAAUAUGUGACAAGAGCGCCAACAUGUAUAGAUGCUGAGACUUAAAAGGAAUUUGUUAGAAAGAUUUUGUUUGUUUGUUUCUAUCUUUAUCACAAUAUUGGAGAUUAAAUCUAGGGUUUCGUACAUGCCAGGAAAAUCCUCUACCAAUGAGCUGCAUCCUCAGCCUUGCAAAUAGCUGGGAUUAUGGGCAUGUACCACCACGCCUGGCAAAAUGAUUAUUUUAAAUAAAACAGUACAUAUCCACAUUGGGGUUUGCUUUCCAGCAGUCGCCUUCAGGAGGCUAUCUGAUUAUUCUAAUAAUGCUAUCUUUUCAUCAGACUUUAUAACUGUCUUCAGAAAUUUUAUUGAUAAAGAGCCAUCCACCUUGGUGGAGAGGAGACUAUUUGUGCAAGGACUGCAUGAAGAAACCAGUCACAUGUUCCUCCUUGACAUUACCAGGCAGACCUCAUGAUGGGACACAUGAAGACAGUGCCUCGUGCUAUAGUUAAGUUCUAGGGGUACAGUGCAUCCUCCUGCUCCUCAGCUUCAGAAGGGGGCAGUGAAAGGAAAAGCCAAUGGUUCUAAACUACUGGGACCAGCAUCAUUGGAAACAUGAAUUAGAAAUGUGGGUGUCAUGCCCCACCCCAGACCUAUAGAAUGAGAAGCUCUUGGUGACUCUAAAAUAUGCCGAAGCCUGAGAACCACUGGACUGAUUGAAGUCUCCUUCAUGUUUAUUUCCUCCAGCCUGACUCCCAUGGCCUCCAGCUCAUCAGCUGGGGCCACGUGUGGACAUGUACACCCUCAUAUUCCCUCAAACUUAUAAAACACCUGGGUUCAGUGCAUGAGUCACUCUGUUCCCAGAUUCUACAGUAUGACAGCCACAGCAUCCAGGGAGCUGUUACUUACGCUUAUAAUUGCCGGAAGUUUACGGAUAAUUUAUCCCAGCAUUAGAGGAAGAAAUGGGAGAGGCUUGCUCUUACUUGUAGCUCAGGCCUAUCCCUGUCCCUGCCCUUUCUUCCACCUCUAAGAUUUUGGUUAGGUUCAGGACAGACCAGAACCCAAGAGGAAGUCAGUGGCCAGUGUUUAGUUUCCCAUUUGGAAGUCUUCGCAGGCAAUUUAAGUUUCUUCUCUGGUCUCACAAUUUACUCUUAAAAAGAUAAGAAGCUUGUGGCUGGGAUUGUGGCUCACCUAGCAUGUAUGAGGCCCUGGGUUCGAACCUCAGCACCACAUUUAAAAAAUUAAUAAAUAAAAUAAAGGUAUUGUGUCGACUACAACUAAAAAAAAAUACUUAUAAAAAAAAAAUAGGAAGCCUAAGAGGAGGUCAACCUCAGAAAUAUAAGAACCCUAAGAGGUCAACCUGGAAGUUUAAUCUGGACUUUACUUGUUCAGUAGAAGAUGAAACUUUUGAUUCUGGAAAUUUUAAACAGUUUCUACAGAAGGUUAAAGUCAGUGGAAAAACAGGACAUAUCGGGACUAUUCACCUUAAACACUUCAAGAAUAAAAUCACAGUUGUUUCUGAGAAACAGAUCUCUGAAAGGUAUUUGAAAUACAUUACCAAAAAGCACCUUAUGAAGAAAAAUCCUGCUGAUAGCAGUGGCACACACCUAUAAUCCUAGUGACUCAGAGGCUGAGGCAGGAGGAUCUCAAGUUCAAGGCCAGCCUCAGCAACUUAAGGAGGCCUUAAGCAACUUAAUGUCUCAAAAUUAAAAAAUAAGAAGGACUGAGAAUGUUAUUGUGGUAAAGUGCCCCUAGAUUCAAGCCCCAGUGCAAAAAAAAAAAAAAAAAAAAAACAGGAAAGAAAAAUCUUUGUGAUUGGCUUCAUGUGAUUAUACCUGACAAGACUUAUAAACUUAGUUACUUCCAGAUUAGUCAAAGUCAAGAUUAGACAAGAUGAGAGUCUGAGAUCUAGGUGAAGCCUCUUGUUACAGGGCUUUGGUUCAUAAUAUUAAAGAAUGAAGCAUUCACUCAAUUUCAUUCAAAAGUAGGAAAGAAAUCUUAUUCAAAGACCACCAAUGUAUCUUUUCCUGCUUACCAACAGGUGUUCCUUUGAAGUAGCAUCUCCCUUAUAUAAUAGGGAAAAUCAAGAGUAUUUCCCAAAGUGUUAAAAUUAGCAAAGAAAGCCCAAUAAAAUAAAAUAGCAUGUGAGUGCUAUUAAUGCUCUCCAAUUGCAAACUCUCUCUCCCAGUAUCUGCUUUUCCCACUUGGAUUAUAUUGAAUGAAGCCCACCCAAAGGAAACCAUAUCUGAGAGCACCAUUGUGGGUCAUGAAGUUCAGUAAUGGUCAGAAAGCCUGGCUGCUGGAUGUAGAUGCUGUUGCUUUGUUGCUUUGGUGUUACAUUGACCUGGAAACCUGUCCCCUUCCUGCACCCCUAAGACCCAACAUAGCCCUUCCCACUGUGUCCUUUCUUAUUCUUUCCCACCUGUUUCCCUUGUCAUAAUAGAUUCCAAUCAUAGGUGAAAAGGGAGCCCAACAGAAUGCUAAUAACCUCAGUGGAGCUGACUCUGUUUAUACAGUAGGGUUCGACUCUCAGAAUGGAAACUGCCUAAGAAGGUAUUUCAUUAGUUAACCUGGUUAAGGCCAAACUUAAAAUGAUUUUCUUUCUAGAAAAGUCUUGGCUUGAGUGUUUAUUAUAUUUGGAGAAAACACAAUUCAUGUGAUCUAAUAAGGAAAAUAGCAACUUUGUGUUAUAGAUAGAUGUGGUCUUUCUGAGACUUCACACACAAUGGGUUCACAGCCCCAGCCCUUUUUAUAUUUUGAAUCUUGCUAAGUUACUGAGGCUGGCCUCUUACUUGUGAUCCUCCUACCUCAGCCUCUGCAGUCACUGGGAUUAAGGGCAUGGGCCACCACACCUGCCUUAAAUAACAUUUUAAUAGGUGUAUGUUUUUCCCCUUUAACAUUCACAAGCAAGGAAGGUCUGGAAACAAUCCAGGUGAUUUUUCUUACACACUUUUUUCUCUUUGCCAAGGCAAAGAGAAAUAUGCAUAUAAUAUCUAGACAAAUAUACAUAUAAUGUGUCAAAUACAAAGGAGCAAACAUUUGUGGAGAAUGGAGUGUGUGCAGCAAUUUUUUAGUUCCCUUUUUUUAAAUACUCAAGGAGUGUGGAAAGUAUUGCAUUUUUUAAAAAAAGGCUUUGAGGCUGGGAAUAUAGCUCAAUGGUAGAGGAAGGACUUUUUGUGUGCAAGGCGCAAGAUUUGAUCCCUGGCAUCAUACACACACACGUGCACACACACACUCAGAAAACCCCUCUUUAUUUUGAUUUGUGGAGAAUAUGGCUUAUCUCUGAAUGAAAUAUCCCAAAAUAUAUUCUUGGGACAACAAUGGGAUCACAGCAUAAUUGUUUUCUUUUUGCUAUCAUGUUUAGAUUUGGGCAUGGACUGUUGUGUAUAUCGAUGGCCUUUGAUUUCAGAAAGAGCUUGGUGAGGGCAGGCACAUAGGGGAAGGAAAUCUCUGCCCAGGAGAAUGGCCUGGAUUCAGUGUCCCCACUCUGUGUUUCCUUAAGCUCUUUGGCAGGCCCAACUAAUAUUUCCACAAAACUGUAGCGAGUGGCCCUCCCUUGAAGUAACCAGCUGCUUUCCUAAGAGCCAAAAAUUCUCUCUUCAGCGUGCUAUGACUUGAAUAUGGAAAUCAUCUUAAUUUCUUCUUUUUUCUUAUGAGGAAAUUUCCAUGCUUGGUUUGUCAAGACAAGAGAGUUCAUUCCUUCAUAUUGAAACACUAAUGAAUUGAAACAUGUUGAAGCAAGUAAAAAAAUCAAAAUUAAGCUGGUUUCUCUUAAAUAGUUUAAAGCCUUCCUUAGUACAAAAUAAAUUAAGCAUUGUAAAAUGAAGUUAAUUCAGGUAAUUAUUCAGUGCAGAAAUCUAACCAUAUAUAUCAUUGGUAUUGUAAUUUCAGGGUAUAAUUAAAUUAUCUGAAAUCUGCAGAACUCCCUCUAAUUUGGUCUCUAUAUUUAUUUAACAAGACAGGGAACAAAUAUGUGUCAAUAUGCAGCAUAACAGAGGGAACUUGAAUGGCUGAAAUUAUCUUUAAUUAUCUAGAGUUACUCAGUACCAGUCUGGAAUAAGUUUAAUCUUGCAGCCUAAUGUUACCAUAUUUCAUAUUAGCUUGUAGAUGCUAUUAUAGCUCCUUAUCAAAAAUUUUGAUAACUUAAGCAAAAAUCAGUAAAACCAUGCAUUUGUCCUUUGAAGCAUCUGAUGGGGUGCCUGCAGGUGUGAAUUUGAUAGAUCCCUAGAAUAACUAUUCAGUUGAGUUAGAAAGCCAAACACUGCCAUAAUCACCAGGUGAGCUCUUUUUUCCUAUCGGUUUUCUCAUUUGUUUUAUUCUGAACUGUUUAAAUAGUUUGAAUAGUUUUCUAGGUGAUGAAACUAUGUAUGUAGUGAAAAUGUACCUGUUUUAUAAAUAAAGAUAAAAAAUUGUCUUGAAAA